AGCGGGAGAAAUAAAUUAGACUGGUAGAAAAACAGGACGUACGUGUGGGGGACGCUACAUCGUGGAGUCUCUUUUGAGAGAAGCCAAUAUUAUCCAAUCCAAGAGGUGUUAACCAUUGCCAACUGUCUUCUUUGAGAUCUCUUUUACUUCUGAAAUCAAUUCUAAUCAUCAGAUCAUACAGCCUAUAUAAAGAACAGCAACAAUUCUCAAGAGCAAUCGCUUUCAUUAGCAAUCUGGCUACUUCAACAAUGGCGUGCUUGAAGCUCAAAAGCCUCAAAUGGCCCUUCACUCGAACCGAUAGACGUCGAAAUAACCGGGUGGAUGGCUUGGCUGACAAGUUAACCGUCAAUGAAGAGUACAUAGAAGCCCUGAGGACAAAAUCCUACACAGACAUGUUCAACAAAGUUCAAGAUCAGAUGGGAGAAAUAAGAUCCCUGGAUAGAUUGCCUUCUUCAUCUUCUCGUCCUUUUCGUGUUCGUCUCUCAGAUUACCUAUUUGAACCGCGGCCAGCAGAAACCCUGGCCGGCGUGACCAAAGGAUCCAGCGUUCAUCACCUAAUCAUUGAUUACUUGGAAGCUAGCUAUGAAGCAUCCAACACAUGUGAAUUACUCCUUGGGAGUGUGCACCAGGCACGCGCUAAUUACCGGAUAAUCACAAGGGCAAUAAGUCUCCCAAACUCCACACAUGUUUUUAAGGAGCUUUCUUCGUUUGCAAGCCUGAACAACCCAAUGCUCAGAAUUUCCUCAUCACAAUACCGUGACAUACAUGAGAGCCUUGAGUUUUUGCUUGAGAGAUUGACAAUGGAGUUUAAGAAGAUUCGAAGGAGAGAAAAGUUCAAUAGGUAUUGUAAAAGGAUUUUAGGGUUUAGUCUUAUGGUUUCUUGUAGCGGACUUUUGAUAGCAUUGCUAGUGAUUUCAAUUCAUAGCGUGGUUGGUAUAGUUGUCGCUCCAUCACUCACUUGUUCGUUAGGGUUAGCCAAGAAGAGGAUCGAGUUGAUCACGAAAGGGCUUAAAAAAACAAGCUUGCCUGAAAGAUUUGGCGCACAACUUGAAGUCACGGCAAAAUGUGUCUUUAUCCUGAUCAACGAUUUUGAUACAAUGAGUCGGCUCGUGGGGAGGCUACAAGAUGAGAUAGAACACAACAAAGCGAUUGCGGAUAUGUGUGUUAGGAAUGGGAAGCCUGAGGUGUUGAUGGAGGUUGUGAGGGAAUUCAAGAUCCAUCAAACAAGCUUUUUGGAGCAAUUGGAAGAUCUUGAGGAGCAUAUAUAUUUGUGUUUCCUUAGUAUAAACAGGUCAAGAAUGCUAGUUAUGCAAGAAGUUAGGGGCCUCCAACAAGAACAUAGGUGAAAAAUUAAUCAAUCAAUAUUGUUGCUUGUAUAUAUCUUGGGGUAAAUUAAGGUUGCGAUCAUUGACAAAAUUUUUGUAAUUCCUCAUAUUUGAUUCAAUUUUGUAAGUAUUAAUGUGGUUAAAUUCCUCAUAUAUAGUAGUUCUUGUCUUCCUUGUAUAGAA